UCCCAGUGAUUUCUGAUUCAUUCGUUUUUACCAACUCCAGCAUACAAGAAGUGUUUUGUAGUCCAGGUGAUCUCCAUGUAUCUGUAUGCAGGAGAACAAACGUAGCUCUUGGACAUUAAGUGACCUUUCUGAUUAUAAUUGCUGUGUAAUAUGAAACUGAAUAGCAAAAAGAUGUACUGCAUAUUUGUCUCACAUGUUCCCCCUCACCAGUAUUGUGACAGCCGAGGCCACACUCUGGGCUGUGGGACAACUCCCAGAGCUGCGCAGACAUGAAAGACCAGGAGAUGAAGUGAGUUCAUGCAACACUGAUCAAGAUCAGUCACCGCUUGCUUUGUCUGAAUAAUAAAAAGACUGGCAGCAGCAGGGCAGUAACAGUCUCCACUGAUGCUGAAGAAGGCUGAGAGGGAAAGUGGAGGAACACAUCUAACACCAGAUGCCACAAACAUCUCGAUGAAAGCGACAAACGUUUUUCCGGCAGUCUUUAAAGGCAGCACUGUCCUAUCAGCGCUGUGGUCAGGUCGGAUGGUUGUUUCCACGUCCCGGGCCAUUUCCGGUGAGGUCAUCGAAAAGGUGGGCGUCAGUGAGUGGGCGGGGCCGCCGGAGCUCCGGACUAAUGCUGGGAUUGGCAGGAGGAGAAGAAGGAGAAGGAGUGAAAGUUUGGAGAGAAGGAGGAGAAGCUGCAGCUGACUUUGGGCUUUGCUCUGGACGUACAGUUUGUGCAGCCUGCAGGAGAGCGCGGCCAAAGGAGGAACAAGAAAAUUCCAUACAAGAUGCGGCCCACCCAGCAUUUGCCCUGCUGCACUGUCAUUCUGUUAGUGCUUUUAGAGCUGGCCCUCGCCCAGUACGAACAUCUUGGCUACCCACCAGGCUACCCCGAGCCGGAGCAGGAGCAGUACACCGCCCCGCAGCUGUCACCAGACACACCCAGGAUUCAGCUCCGACUGGCGGGAGAUAAGAGGAAACACAACGAGGGGCGCGUGGAAGUUUUCUACAACAACGAAUGGGGCACCGUCUGUGAUGACGACUUUAAUAUCCACGCUGCUCAGGUGGUGUGCAGGGAGCUGGGCUACCUGGAAGCCAUCUCGUGGUCACCAUCGUCGAAAUAUGGGAAAGGACAAGGACCCAUCUGGUUCGACAAUCUUCACUGCACUGGCAAAGAAAAGACCUUGGCCCUGUGUCCUUCCAAUGGAAUCGGUGUUUCAGACUGCAAACACAGUGAAGAUGUAGGCGUAGUGUGCAGUGACAAGAGGAUCCCAGGAUUUAAGUUCAUCAACACCCUGCCCAACCAUGUGGAGAGCCUUGAUAUUCAAGUGGAAGACGUGCGGAUACGAGCCAUCCUGUCAUCGUACCGUAAGAGGAUCCCUGUAACAGAGGGCUACGUGGAGGUCAAGGAUGGCGGUAAAUGGAAGCAGAUCUGUAACGCAGAGUGGACCCAGCUCAACAGCCGAGUCAUCUGUGGCAUGUUCGGCUUCCCUGGGGAGAGGAAAUACAACGCCAGAGUCUACAAGAUGUUUGCUCGCAGGAGAAAGCCCACAUACUGGGACUUCGCUGUCAACUGCACUGGCAAUGAAGCCCAUUUGUCCAGCUGUAAACUGGGCCAGGCUUCAUCACUCAAGUCCAAUGAGACCUGUGCUGGAGGGCUGCCUGUUGUGGUGAGCUGCGUGCCCGGCAGAGACUUUGCUCCAACGCCAAUGACGGGAUUCAGGAAGGCCUUCAGACAGGAGCAACCGUUGGUUCGUAUUCGUGGUGGGGCCAUCGUAGGCGAGGGCCGAGUGGAGGUGUUGAAAAAUGGAGAGUGGGGCACCAUAUGUGAUGAUAACUGGAACCUGCUGUCUGCGACCGUGGUGUGUCGGGAGCUGGGCUUUGGUACGGCCAUAGAGGCCCUGUCUGGAGGUCGCCUAGGGCAAGGUAUGGGCCCGGUGCAUAUGAAUGAGGUGGAGUGCUCUGGAUUUGAGAAGUCCAUCACAGAGUGUUUCUUCAACAAGGAGGCUCUUGGUUGCAGCCACGAGGAGGAUGCAGCCGUCAGAUGUAACGUUCCUGCUAUGGGUUUCCAGGAGUCGCUGCGUCUGAGUGGAGGCCGGAACCCCUAUGAGGGCCGUGUGGAGGUGCUGGUGGAGAGGAACGGUUCUCUGGUGUGGGGGACGGUGUGCAGUGAAAACUGGGGAACGAUGGAGGCCAUGGUGGUGUGCAGACAGCUGGGUCUCGGCUUCGCCAGCAAUGCUUUCCAGGAGACUUGGUAUUGGCCGGGAGAGGUGAACGCAGACGCUGUGGUGAUGAGCGGCGUCCGCUGCUCUGGUACUGAGAUGUCUCUGUCCCACUGCCUGCACCAUGGAGCCCACCUGAGCUGCCCGAAAGGAGGCGGACGCAACGCUGCCGGAGUCUCCUGCUCUGAGACGGCUCCUGACCUGGUGUUGAACCCUCAGGUGGUGGAGCAGACCACCUACAUGGAGGACAGGCCCAUGUUCAUGCUGCAGUGCGCGUACGAGGAGAACUGUCUGUCCUCCACCUCCAGCCAGGCGCCGGCCAACUCUUACCGCCGCCUGCUGCGCUUCUCCUCCCAGAUCCACAACAACGGCCAGUCGGACUUCCGGCCCAAAGCUGGCAGACACUCCUGGGUGUGGCACGACUGUCACAGGCAUUAUCACAGUAUGGAGGUGUUCACGCUCUAUGACCUGUUCAGCCUUAAUGGAACCAAAGUGGCAGAAGGACACAAAGCAAGUUUUUGCCUGGAGGACUCAGAGUGUGAUGAAGGUAUUGAAAAAAGGUACGAAUGUGCUAACUUCGGAGAGCAGGGGAUCACUGUGGGCUGCUGGGAUACCUACAGGCACGACAUUGACUGCCAGUGGAUCGACAUAACUAAUGUCAAACCUGGAGAUUACAUUUUCCAGAUAGUAAUUAAUCCAAACUAUGAGGUACCGGAGUCAGACUACACAAAUAACAUGCUGAAAUGCAGAUGUCGAUAUGAUGGCCAUCGUGUAUGGAUGUACAGUUGCCAUAAUGGUGGCUCAUUAAGCAUCGAGACAGAACAAACGUUCCCAGGCCUCCUCAACAACCAGGUGACCCACAGGUAAGAUAAAACAGAGGAGAGGAGUCGACUGGCAGCCCCCCAACCACUUCGCAUCUCCAUCUGUGGUGGAUUCCCCCUGUCAGCAUUGCCCUGGUAACAAAAGUCUUUUCAUGUUCUUCCUCAUCCAUGAGGCAGCAGCUUUUUUUGCCCCCACCCCCAGCUGAAUAUUUGAUCCCCCUCCUGUCCAAACAGAGGCAGCUACAGCCUUACAAACACCUCCAACCUCCCUGGUUAAGAACAAAAGAAUGGCGCAGCUCUCCUAGUGCCCUGUGACUUUUCCUUUUUAACAAGUGAUGAAAUAAACCUGCUGGGAAGUGGCAGGUAUUUUACACAAGCUGCAGCAUCACAGAGUGUCAUCAAAAAUGUGUCCUCUUUGAAGUGCCACACUUUAACAGAACCCUGCUGCAAUAGUUUUUGUUCAAAGCUGGCCCUGUCUGUUGGUGGCAGGUAGCCUGAGGAUGGAGAGGAAUCAUAGAUAACUAUAGCAGUGCUAUGUCUGGAAAUAAAUGCAGUAUUUUUCCAUUUUUCAACUGUUUCAUAAAGUGUGUUUUACAAACUAAAGUCCAUAUACACUGACUUUAUGAGCAUCUCUUUUGCAUGUCAGUUAUUUAAGCUCAAGUUUCACAUCUACAUUAUGAAUUUUAUGCAAAUCAAGCUUCAAAAAGCAAACAGCCCAUUCAUCACAAUUUACAAGAGCUAAUUGCCCAAUACAGCUGCAAAACUAAUCCAGCAAGGCUGAAAUAUAUUACACACUGAAGAGCCUCAAAGUGCCCAAAAGUCUUCUUUUUUUUUAUAAAUAACUGGAGCAUAUUUUCUCUGGAAUUUCUUGAAAAGUACAUGGACUGUACAUCCCUGUACAGACUUUAUGCAAGACUGUAGUCUUUGCAUAGAGUCUGAAAAAGUUCACAUUUCAAAGAGGAGUUGCACUAUAAUCCUUUGUAGGUGCCAGUGUCACAAAAGUCAUCUCAGUUAGUCCAGAAAAAAUUAUUUGACCAAAAUCUUUCUCACAAAUUUACCUAUAAUUUAAAUGAUAGUAUGCAUUACCUAUGAGGUUUUAGUUUUGACCAGUACUGCUAUUUAGCUUUCCAGUUAUUGUGCCAGGUUAGCAAAAACUAAAACCAAAUGCGUAUUUAAAAUGUCUCCCCAUUGGUAUCGAGCGACAUCAAUUUCAGCUCCCAGACAGUAGGCAGGUUUACAUUACAGAUUUGCGUAUAUUAUAUAUUUUUUUCAUAUAUUUUUGAAAGGUUGAUAAAACACAGUUGCAAGAUAGCUGCAUUUCCACUGACUGAUGUUAUUUGACUUCUCUCGUGAUGUUUUGCGACUUCUUUUCUUGCGAUAACAUUCCAAGAAGCAUGGCGAUUGAUGUUUAACACAUUAGCAGGUUUAUGUCUAUUGCAGCCACCGCACUAGAGUCAUUAUUUCCAAUCAAAGCCAAGGUAGCCGUUUUAUGCGAGCGAUUAUGGAAAGGCGAGUCCCUUAUAGUCCACGAUUUCACAGAGGAAUUGUGGAUUCAAAACUUUAGGAUGAUCCACUCAACUUUUGAA